GUUCCUGUGAUUACAACUGUUGGUAUAAUGGCAACUGUUGCUUUGAUUUCUGCGACCACUGCUCUUACAUGGGUAAUGGAUACUGUUAUACCACUACAUCUAGCCCUAAUUGUGGAGGGUACCUGGAUGCUCCAAAUGGGACAAUCAGUAGUCCCAAUUAUCCAUUCAACUAUCCAAACAAUGCAGCAUGUAUUUGGUACAUAAGGAGGUACAUAAACCAAAGAAUACAGCUGGUAUUCACUGACAUACAGUUGGAAGUUACUUCAAGUUGCUCAUUUGAUUAUAUUGAAAUUUUUGAUGGAUCAUCUACACAUAGUGAUUUGCUUUCAAAAAUUUGUCAAGGAUCAAAUCUGAGAUUUGCAUCAUCAUCCAAUAGUAUGACAAUUUAUUUUAGAACUGACUCCAGUGUUACUAGAAGUGGGUUUUCAGCAUACUAUUACACUGUACCAGACAGCGAUGAUGGAUCAUGUGGAGGCUAUCUUGAAGCUGCAUAUGGGUCUUUUACAAGUCCCAAUUACCCAUACUUUUACGAAAAUAAUGAACAAUGCAUUUGGUAUAUAAGAGGGGAUAGCGACCAAAGAAUAAAGCUGAAAUUCACCUAUGUUGACCUGGAAGUUUCAUCAACUUGCUCAUACGAUUAUAUUGCAAUAUAUGAUGGACCAUCAACAAAUUCCGUUUUGCUUUCAAAAUUCUGCAGUGGGUCAGAUAAGACAUUUACAUCCACAUCCAACAGUAUGACAGUUUAUUUUAGAACUGAUUCCAGUGUUACUAGACGUGGGUUUUCAGCAAGCUACUACGUUCUACCAAAUGAUGGGGAUUUGUUAACUUGUUCAUCAGAUUAUAUGGAAGCAAAAAUUAGUAGGUCUUACCUCAACCUCCUGGGUUUCAAUGAACAUAAUCUUUAUCUGAAUGAUCAAAACUGCAGACCGAUAAUAACAGCCAGUGAUGUGAUCUUCAAAAUACCACUUGAUAGAUGUGGUACAGGAUGGCAGGAAAACAAUGGCAGUAUCACAUAUUUCAACACCAUCCGAUCUUCACCAUCUGACUCAGUUAUAACUCGUGAAACAAACCUUCAGUUCAAUAUUGGAUGUGAAAUGCAACAAGAUACAAUGUCUAAAAUAAUGUAUGUGACUAAUGAAAACACAACUGGUGACAUCAUGGAUAAUAUCACAGAAUAUGGCAUGUUUAACAUCAGCAUGAGAUUCUAUGAGUCUUCGUCAUUUAUGAGGCCAGUGCUAGAAUCACCUUACUAUGUGGAUCUCAGGCAGAACCUGUAUGUGCAGGUUGACCUCCACAGUUUAGACCAGUACCUUGUUGUAUUUGUGGACACCUGCACUGCAUCACCGUAUAACUUUGACUGGACUUCAAAGGCCUAUGAUCUAAUAAAAAAUGGGUGUGUUAAGGAUGGGACUUAUGGGAAUUAUCCUUCACCAACUAAUAACGUUGCGCGAUUCAAGUUCAGUGCCUUUAAAUUCCUCAACCUUCAUCCUUCAGUCUACCUGCAGUGUAAAGUUGUGGUCUGUAAAGCUUAUGAUUAUUCCUCUCGGUGUUACCGUGGAUGCAUGCCUCGACAAAAAAGGGCCCUAAGUUCCUCAAAGGGGAGCACUGAUGUUCUAAUAGGACCUAUUGAACUGAAAAAAGAUCUAAAACAUUAUAAAGCGGAAGGAUUUGAAGAAGUAAAUGAAGCUGUGGAGACAAGUACCGAAUCGAGUUUGCCAUUUGUUCUGUCUUUGAUAGCUCUGGUUGUAGCUGUUUCAGUUUUGGUUGUCACUGUUCUAAAAUACAAGAAGCAACAAAGGCACUAUGGUUGUGAGUAGCUGGGAGACAAUGUUCUAAGCAUAGCCACUCACCAAAUGGAAAAGUACAUGCAAUUCAGCUCCGAAAGGAUCCUAUCAAUCAAUAAUCACAAUGAACGAGUUAAAUGUUGCUUCCCAUUCCACCUUGGACUUAUUGCAUGGAUGAAAUUCAAGAGCUCAUUAAAUGAAGGAAUUAAUUUGAAUGCAGUAGUUGAAUUUAUUUGUUCAAUUGUUUCUGUUAUCUUCAGAUAUUUUGCAAAAGAAAUGUGUUGCCUAU